CCUAGCUGCACAAGUCCGCCACUUUGACAUUCCAAGUGGUAACAUGGUCAAUGUCUGCAGCAGUGCCAUCUUAGAAGGAGCACUGCGAGCAUUCCACCGCCGGACCUUCAGUCCUGAGGCAAGGCUAAGCCUUGUGUUUCUGGAUGACUCUAUGCAGGCGGAGGGUGCUGUUGAUGAGGGUGGGCCCUCUAGGGAGUUUUUCAGACUCCUUUUAAGGGCCAUCAAAGAUAGUACCCUCUUUACUGGCCCCGAGUCAUCAAAAAAUCUGUCUUUGGACAGCCAUGCUUUGCAGAGAGGGUUGUACAAGACAUUUGGGACAAUGAUUGCAGUGGCCUUUGUUCACGGAGGAGUGGCCCCUCUGUUUUUCUCUGAGAGGCUUUAUAACAGCCUCUGCCAACUGACCAUGCAACCUCCAACCCUGGAUGAAGUCACUGAUGGAGACCUCAGAGAGAAGCUAAAAAAGAUAAGUGAAGCAGCAAAUCUCAUGGAGGCCAGAGCAGCUGUUGAGGAGGCUGCUGAGAGUCUAUCGCUGUUGGGGUCACUGAGGCACAUUGUGUCCAUGGAGGGGCGGGACCAAUUGGUUGAAGCUGCAACCUCUUUUUAUGUAGAGGGAAGAAUUAAGGAGCCCUUGGAGCAAUUUGCUAUGGGCCUCAGCACCCUGGGCGUUCUGGGUGUAAUGCGGUCCCAUCCAACUUUGAUGCGCGAUGUUUUCGCCAAAAGCAAUGAGGCUCUUCAGGCGGCUACUCUCAUGCAUUUAUUUGGGGUCCAAGGAUCCUGCCAAGGGAGCAACAGGUGGCAUGCCGAGAGGCGUACAGAGGGAUUUUGGAGGGACUAUCUCCUUGAUAUUGAAGAUGGUGCAAUGGAGGUGACACUGGAGCAAGUCCUUGUCUUUGUUUCUGGUGCGGACAGGAUCCCAGUGCUUGGAUUUACUCCAAGACCAACCCUGUCUUUCCUACAUGAACAUGGAAAAAUAUUCCCGGAGGCAAACACUUGCAUUGUCAACUUGAAGUUGCCAAUUCACCAGAACUAUGAAAAUUUCUGCAAGUACAUGUCAGAGGGGAUCAUACAGUCCCCUACGUUUGGCAUGGCAUAGAGCCCCCACCCCACUACCACCUGCCAUCACCACCACCUCUGAGUUAUUGGUUUGUUUUGUUGGUUGGUUUGUUUUGUUGGUUGGUUUGU